UUUAUUUUGAUAUUCAUCAUGCCAUGUUUCAGUUCACACUUCUUGUCUGUUUUGUAUAUAAGUCACUUCCUGUUCACCUGUUCCCGGCUGAUUAUUACAUCGCCAUAUCCUGUCUGUUUAUCCUGCCUGUAUUCUGUUCUGUUUAAUCUGUUUAUCUGUUACCUGGAUCUGCCUGUGUUUUUGACUUCUGCCUGUUUUUGGAUUUAAUGCCUGAUUGCCGCCUGCCCUGAUAUUGUGCCUGUCUUUGGAUUUCUGAUUUUGGAUUAACCCUUUGGAUUUGUUUGCUGGCCCUUAUUGGGAUUUUACAUAAUAAACACCUUUUGCACAUGGAUUCUCCUCUUCAUCGCUUUCUUUAAAGCACACCCGUUACAGAAUAAUCAGCCAUAACCCUGAUCCAGCGAAGGUUAGUAACUUCCCACCAGCAACAUGAAGCCCAUUUUUGCACUACUUGAACUCCGCCAGAACCACCGCCAUAUUGAGGAUUUUGUAAGUGACUUUUUGGAUUUAAGUAAUCAAGUACAUUAUGAUGAGGAUGCUUUAAAACCAAUUUUCUACAAUGCAUUGGAUGAAUGGUUGCGCUUAUGUAUGCCACGUGAUAUGUCUGCCUGGUCCCUGGAGAGUUAUAUUGACUUUGCAUUGCUGUUGUGUGGUUCUCCGUUCACUGUGGGUGUGGUGGAUAAUGAACCAGGGAAUAUUCACCACACACCUAGCCAUGUUCUGCCCGUUCUGCCCAAACCUGUUAAAAUCAUGUCUGAUCACAAAAUGGCCGCCACCAUGUUUGCUCCCAAAAUGGCCGCCAUCCUGCCUGUCCCUAAAAUGGCCGCCACCCUGCCUGUUCCCAAAAUGGCCGCCAUCCUGCCUGUCCCUGCACCUGUCUUCAAUAAAACCACCACCAUCCUGCCUGUCCCGAAAACUGCCACCAUCUUGCCUGUUUCUGCACCUGUUCUCGAGAGAGCUACCAUCAUUCCAGCACCUGUAUUUCAGAGGGCCAUCGUCACCACCACACCUGCACUUAGGAGAGCUAUUAUUCACCCUGCACCUGCCGUGAAGAUGGCCGCCAUGCCUGAAUCUUCCCCUGAGGUAUGUCUCCUGGAUUAUAGUCUCUCAGAAUUUGCCAUAGCCCUGUGGUGCGUUUUGUCUGCCGUUUGCUCUGGUAUUUCCCAUGUUCCUCAAGACCCUGAACCUGAACCCCUGGACUCAUUUGAUCUGCCUGAUUCAUCCGAUUCAUCCGACUCAUCCGACUCAUCUGAUCUGCCCGACUCCUCUGAUCUGCCCGACUCCUCUGAUCUGCCCGACUCCUCUGAUCUGCCCGACUCCUCUGAUCUGCCCGACUCCUCUGAUCUGCACGACUCCUCUGAUCUGCACGACUCCUCUGAUCUGCACGACUCCUCUGAUCUGCACGACUCCUCUGAUCUGCACGACUCCUCUGAUCUGCACGACUCCUCUGAUUCGUCUGUCCCGUCUGGUUCAUCUGGCUUACCUGAUUCACCUGUCCCAUCUGAUUCAUCUGCCUCACCUGAUUCACAUGAUUCGUCUGACCCACCUGAUUCAUCAGAUUCGUCUGUUCUGCCUGAUUCACCUGUUCCGUCUGACUCAUCUGAUUCAGCUGUCCUGCCUGAUUCACAUGUCCCGUCUGACUCACCCGGUUUAUCUGGUUCAUCUGAUUCACUUGGCUCACCUGGCUCGUCUGAUUCGUCGGCUCCACCAUCUGGAAUAUCGUCACCCUGGUCUGUGGAAGCUCUUCCAAGUUUUUUUUGGGGGGGGGUAGUACCCGGACACAGGAGGGAGGCAGAGGACACCGAGGCGGAGGCCGAAGUGUACUCUGAUCCUCCCUUUCCUUGUGAUCUGGGUCUAUUCCUACCCCAUGACCCAGGUCCCAGCCUGCCCCAUGACCCAGGUCCCAGCCUGCCCCAUGACCCAGGUCCCAGCCUGCCCCAUGACCCAGGUCCCAGCCUGCCCCAUGACCCGGGCCCACAUCUGCCCCAUGACCCGGGCCCACAUCUGCCCCACGACCCUGGACCAUCCUGGCCUCACGACCCUGGACCAUCCUGGCCUCACGACCCUGGACCAUCCUGGCCUCAUGACCCAGGACCUCUCCUGAACUGCCCUGCCUUGCCAAGAGGUCCUGGCCCGCCCGCCCACCCUCCAUUUGGACUUUGUUAUCUGUAUGUUGGGCUCCGGGAGUCGCCCUUUAGAGGGGGGGUUCUGUAAUGGUUUUGUUCUGUGUUCUGUGUAUUUUUGUAUUUUGGACUUUUAUUUUGAUACUCUGCUCUGUUCUGACUUUUAUUUUGAUAUUCAUCAUGCCAUGUUUCAGUUCACACUUCUUGUCUGUUUUGUAUAUAAGUCACUUCCUGUUCACCUGUUCCCGGCUGAUUAUUACAUCGCCAUAUCCUGUCUGUUUAUCCUGCCUGUAUUCUGUUCUGUUUAAUCUGUUUAUCUGUUACCUGGAUCUGCCUGUGUUUUUGACUUCUGCCUGUUUUUGGAUUUAAUGCCUGAUUGCCGCCUGCCCUGAUAUUGUGCCUGUCUUUGGAUUUCUGAUUUUGGAUUAACCCUUUGGAUUUGUUUGCUGGCCCUUAUUGGGAUUUUACAUAAUAAACACCUUUUGCACAUGGAUUCUCCUCUUCAUCGCUU